GCGCCCCUUCCCACACCUCAUCCAGACAGAACCCCACCCAAUUCCAAGCCAAACCGCGACGACACCACGCGCUCCACGCACACCACACCCGAGCGACGCCUGCUACGCUCUCUGCUCUCGCCAUGGACGCCGCGGAGCGCAGGCUCGCCCGCGUCGCCGCCCACCUCGUGCCGUCGUCGUUCCCGGUCACGCCCGCCGCCGCGCCCCCGCUCGUGCCUGCGCCCACCGCGGCGUCAUCGUCAUCCUCCUCGUCGUCGUCGCCCGCGGGGGACAGCUACAGGCGCGUGCACGGCGAGGUGUCGGCGGAGCCCCCCGAGUGGCGCGCGGCGACGGACGAGUCCGGGAAGGAGUUCGUCGACAUCAUCUACGAGAAGGCCGUCAAUGAGGGCAUCGCCAAGAUCACCAUAAACCGGCCGGACAGAAGGAACGCGUUCCGCCCAUUGACCGUGAAGGAGCUCAUGCGCGCGUUCAACGAUGCCAGAGACGACAGUUCGAUUGGUGUCAUCAUUCUAACAGGGAAGGGAACUAAGGCCUUCUGUAGCGGUGGUGACCAGGCGUUAAGAGAUUCUGAUGGAUAUGUUGACUUCGAUAGCUUUGGCCGCCUCAACGUUCUUGACCUCCAGGUGCAAAUCCGCCGUCUUCCAAAGCCUGUUGUUGCCAUGGUUGCUGGUUAUGCUGUUGGUGGUGGGCAUGUUUUGCAUAUGGUGUGUGACAUAACAAUCGCAGCAGACAACGCGAUAUUUGGGCAGACAGGACCCAAGGUUGGAAGCUUUGAUGCUGGCUAUGGAUCUUCAAUAAUGUCCCGAUUGGUUGGACCGAAGAGAGCACGUGAGAUGUGGUUUCUAUCACGGUUCUACACUGCUGCUGAAGCUGACAAAAUGGGACUUGUGAACACUGUAGUGCCGCUUGCUGAAUUGGAGCAAGAAACAGUGAAAUGGUGCCGGCAAAUCUUAAGAAACAGCCCCAUGGCCAUUCGAGUUCUGAAAUCUGCGCUUAAUGCCGCAGAUGACGGCCAUGCAGGUCUUCAGGAGCUUGGCGGUAAUGCCACGCUGAUAUUCUACGGCACGGAAGAGGCAAAGGAAGGGAAGAACGCGUACAUGGAGAGGCGGCGCCCGGAUUUCUCCAAGUUCCCACGGAAACCUUGAAGCUCAGUUUGAUGCUAUCAUGGUCUAGUAAACUUUUUUUUCCCUGUAAAAGAGGUGCGGUCCUAAAUACUAAUUGGCAGCCGCGCAUAGCGUACAUCACGGUCGUUUAGUAAAUACUAUACGAUACUACCGACAGAUGAUGCCCAUUCUUUGUGAACCUAUUUGCAUACGCGAGAAAGAAAUGUAAUUCAUCUCAACAUUCAGAUUGAUUAAUAUUUAAAUCUCUGUGCAGUGUGCUUUUGAUUCA